AUGGGAAAGUCGUCUUCCCAGGAAGGAUCGUCCGCUUACAGUGAAUAUUUAAGCAGGGCGGAAGAUAUCGCGGAUCAAAUCCUUCGUAAUGGCAAACACGUGUUGCCUCAUCUGGCGAGGUUCUGUCUCAUCUCCACGUUCUUCGAGGACGGUUUUCGAAUGUGGUUCCAGUGGGAUGAGCAGCGGGAUUAUAUGGACCAGACGUGGCACUGUGGCUAUGUGAUCGGCACCAUUUUUGUGCUGUUCAAUUUAGUCGCUCAGCUUGGUGGUUGUGUUAUGGUAUUAUCGCGGCAAAAAGUUGAAAUUGCUGUGGGAAUUCUGUCUUCUGUAAUUGUAGUUCAAGUGAGUUUAAACUUUCGCUUUACUGUUAUAACCUACCCUUUUGUUUUGUUCUGUUUUUUUUUUCUUUUUCUUUGUAUUCAGUCAUAUCACCCAUACCAAGGCUACAAAUAACUUUUCGCUAUUAUAUUUUUUACUUGUUCCAAAUAUCCCUUUUGUUUUAUAAUCAUUUUUUCUUAACUGCAAGUACACAGGUUUUAAUAUUAUGAAAGCUUAUGAUGAAUCAGUUUUACUUGGCUCUCCACUUAAGAUCCAUUCAUUUAAUGUUUAAUGAAUAAUUCAGAUUUAACUUAAGCCAACGUAUGAAAUUAGAAACGCAUAAAACUGAUUUUAGUGGCCUUUUAAUUUUGACAGUAAUUUUUUUUCUUUUGUUUUGCAGACAUUGGCAUACAGUAUUCUAUGGGAUUUUAAGUUCUUACUCAGGUAAAUUAUUUGUAUACUUUUAUAAUCAACAUAGCUUAUUAUGAGUAAUAAUUAGCAGACAGUUAUAUGUACCUUGGUAUCCCUAAUCCACAGCCAUGUCAAUGAUAUUAAUUUUGGAUAAGCAGAUACUGUGUACGCUUAUGUCUGUUAUCUGUUAAAUACAAGUUCAAUGUAAAGAAAUAUGAGCACAAAAUGUAGGACUUACUGAUGAUGGGAUCUGAUAAAUACAUGAUCUUCAUCUGUUAAACCGUCAUGUUUUUUUUUUUCUGUAUUCCCCUGAACAAGCUGAGUGACAUGGGUCUGACAUGUCUCGCACACCUGUGCCCAGUUUGUAAAUUACACACAGCAUUAUUUUGGUUGUAAAAAUUGGGAGAAAUAACUUUGUAAGAGCAAUAUCUUCAUAUUAUUUUUUAGAGUUUAAGUCAUCAACCAAGUGCAAUUCCUCUUAAGUCAAAGUCAAUUUUCUCCUAACAAUAUCCAUACAUAAUCUAGAGAAAAUUUGUGAGAAUUAAAGAAAUGAUUAUCUGAUGGGAAAAGCUUUGAUCAGCAAACAAAUUCUCUCAACUUAUUCUUUAAGGAAAUGUAUGGAGAUCGGUCCAGAGAAUUUGUAAGUGGAUAUUGGGGCUUAAGGUGACUCGACCCAGUUUUUUUUAGGGGGUACCAUCCUACUUUGAAGCUCUCUGGUAUCCCCACCUUUACUUUUAUCGUAAGUCUAACACAUAGAAUGGAUAACGUAUAGAUCAAUCUACAAUAUAACAUAAAAUUUUUGGCGAUCGGAGUAAAUGUCACGUGGUUAUAAUGCCACGCCCCUUUCAGGUCUGAGUCGAAAAUCUGCUGUUGCCAGCAUUUUUUCGUGAAAAUCUCUCGGCUACACAUAGUGCGCAUUAGUGCCUUGCGCUGAACAGAGUUUCACCAAAAUCGCAAAGACCCAAUUCGAGAAAUUCAGCGGUUUCCAAAUUUAGGUCAUAAUUUAUGCGAAAAUGAUAAGCAAACUUUACACGGAUUAUAUCUAAUAAACUAUGAGAUUCAUCUCUGUAUUUUGGGCAUCGUUAUAACAGAUGGGUCCUUGCAAGUCAGCAAAACGCUUUAGGGCCUUGUAAAUGCGCGCGAUUUCGAGCAAAGCAAACAUAUAGAAAUUAUAGUUUUCGCUAUUUGUUGACGUUUGUCAGCGUUUAAGAGUCCUUCUCACGAAAAAAGCAUUUUCUUAAAAAUUCGUAGUUUUUUUUCCUUCAAAUUUUUUCAGGGCCACAAUUGAUUAACUAACUACCCGGACUCUGAAUUUCAUGGUCAUUGAAAAACUGUGACAUUAUCUUCUAUAAGCCCAAACUUGAGUAAACAUUGAAGAUUUUUAGCGUUUUGGCUGAGUUUGUGCUUUGGGAGUUGUCUAUUGUUUCUAGUCUGUCAUUAUACAGCAUUCUUGUUCAGCACGCGUGCAAUGACCACGCUUGGCUGACUUCCGAAUGCUCACCGAGAUAUUCCCGUCACGAGUUGGUUUAAUUAUUGGCUUGCAUUAAACCUAUGAAAAAAUGAUAUUUUUUUAAUAGUAAGUAGAUUUAGUGUGUAGCACUUCUUGAUUUUUUUGCAAAGGCACAAGAAGCACGAGAAUUGAUUAAAAAUUGUGACUUAAACCUCUAUGUAUCACGCGAUGGCCUGUCUCACUGUACCAAAAUUAUUAUAUCUCGGUGAGCAUUCGGAAGUCAGCCAAGCGCGGUCAUUGCACGCGUGCUGAACAAGAAUGCUGUAUAAUGACAGACUAGAAACAAUAGACAACUCCCAAAGCACAAACUCAGCCAAAACGCUAAAAAUCUUCAAUGUUUACUCAAGUUUGGGCUUAUAGAAGAUAAUGUCACAGUUUUUCAAUGACCAUGAAAUUCAGAGUCCGGGUAGUUAGUUAAUCAAUUGUGGCCCUGAAAAAAUUUGAAGGAAAAAAAACUACGAAUUUUUAAGAAAAUGCUUUUUUCGUGAGAAGGACUCUUAAACGCUGACAAACGUCAACAAAUAGCGAAAACUAUAAUUUCUAUAUGUUUGCUUUGCUCGAAAUCGCGCGCAUUUACAAGGCCCUAAAGCGUUUUGCUGACUUGCAAGGACCCAUCUGUUAUAACGAUGCCCAAAAUAAAGAGAUGAAUCUCAUAGUUUAUUAGAUAUAAUCCGUGUAAAGUUUGCUUAUCAUUUUCGCAUAAAUUAUGACCUAAAUUUGGAAACCGCUGAAUUUCUCGAAUUGGGUCUUUGCGAUUUUGGUGAAACUCUGUUCAGCGCAAGGCACUAAUGCGCACUAUGUGUAGCCGAGAGAUUUUCACGAAAAAAUGCCGGCAACAGCAGAUUUUCGACUCAGACCUCAAAGGGGCGUGGCAUUAUAACCACGUGACAUUUACUCCGAUCGCCAAAAAUUUUAUGUUAUAUUGUAGAUUGAUCUAUAUGUUAUCCAUUCUAUGUGUUAGACUUACGAUAAAAGUAAAGGUGGGGAUACCAGAGAGGUUCAAAGUAGGAUGGUACCCCCUAAAAAAAACUGGGUCGAGUCACCUUAAAGGGUUAAUCUCUUCUUGCAAUAAUACCCCCCCCCCCUCACAAUUCUUGUUCUCCCUGGGUUAGGGUAAGGCUUAUCAUUUUACCUCAAGGACAUUUCAGUAACAAGCCAAAUGUGGUAUGGUUUUGCGGUGGGGCAACUACAAUACUAGCAAACUGCAAUAUUAACUGACAAAGCCACAGGUUACCUUUAGAAACAUAACAAAGCUACAGUGCUCUUCUAAUAGCAGAAAUAAAUUUUCAAGUACAUACAACUAGUACUGUGGGAAAUUCAUUUCCAGUGUACAGUUGUUUUCCCCCAUAAUGUGGUGGUUGCCACGAUCAUUAUUUUCAAGAUUUUGGAACAGUGCAAUCAAAAUGAUCCACUGACAAUUCAAACUUGUAGUGCACAGGAAGUUUUAAAACAGUAAAUUAUUUUAAAAUUGACUGAAAGAUACCUUGGGUAAUGUUCUGUCUGUAGGAAUCUUGCUCUCGCUGGUGGCUUGUUACUUCUACUAGCUGAAUCGCGUUCUGAACAGAAAAGCUUAUUCGCAGGAGUCCCAACCAUGGGAGGCAACACCCCUAAGACGUACCUUCAGCUGACUGGCCGAGUGCUCUUGGGAUUUAUGUUUGCAACCCUUAUCAAGUUUAGGCUUUCUUUUGUCUACAUUCUUCAAGAUGUAGCAGGUACAAUUUUGAUGGUCCUAGUUGCUGUGGGGUACAAAACCAAGCUUGCUUCAUUGGUGCUUGUUCUGUUGCUCACCAUCAUUAACAUCUUUAUCAAUCCAUGGUGGAUGUACCAUUCCCAAUCACCAUUAAGAGAUUUCCUCAAGUAUGACUUCUUCCAGACAACAUCUGUGAUUGGUGGUUUGUUGCUGGUUGUUGCCCUUGGCCCUGGUGGAGUUAGUGUUGAUGACUACAAGAAGAAGUGGUAAUAAAAGGAAAUAUUAAUGUGGACAUGUUGUGGCAAAAUUACUCAACUUAUUCCCAAGCUUAGCAAAAUAUAAUUUUUUCUUACCAAUCAUUGUAUGUUUUCUCUUAAGUUGCGUUGCAAUAAUUUUGUGAGUAAUUUAUCAGGGUACCACCUAGUCUGUUAAUUGCAUAAUAAUGAAAGUAAAGUCUACAUGCUGUAGGCUUUAAGCUGCCUGGAUUAAAAAGGGGGAAAGUUUGGUUGUACUUGAAGAUCUGAGAGAUGGACUUUUUAGCUAAAAAAACUCUUGAACUGAGCAUAAAUAGCUUCCAUGUUCUUACAGUAUUUAUAACUGGCUUGUUAGAAAUUUUUGUUUCUGGUGGGCCUUGAGCAUUUUGACCAUUAUUGAAACUACAGUGAAGGGAUUAUAGGACUGGUAAAGAACUAGUACUGCAAAGUCGUUCGUCUCAAACUGUAGUGUCCAUGAAUAAUUAUUACAGUUGUUUUUUUGUUUGUUUAUUGUUGUUUUUUUUCGGUUUUCUAACAUGUCACACUAACAAUAAUGUAAGUACAUGAAGCUCUUUGGAACUGUCGUGAAAACGUAUGAAUAAAACAGUCAGUUUCAAAACAAUCUGUAGCGCUAUGCUAUAGCAGUACUUGGUAGCCUCUUGUGCCUCUGUUUUGCUCUUGGGCAACUAGGAAAUGUUAGGUUUUUUUCAGAAAGAUCAUAAUAAUUAUUGUGUACUGGGCACCCAGGAUUUCACAGGUUCAGAGCAUUUGGUUCCCUACAUUAUUUUUCUUAGCUGCAACCUUGAUAUGGUGCUGCAUCAGUGGGGAGAUUGGAAAAUAAUUGUGGCAAAUUCAUGCCAAGAGUUCAGAAUGAAAGCUUUUGAAAUCCCUUUCAUUAGUAAAAUUGCAUUAUCAACUACUGGCAGGUUAUAACAACUUUGUCUUUACUUUCAAAACCACUCAGUUGUGGAGCUACUGGAAUGUUGAAAAAAGACACUGCUUUGUCACCAACUUUCUACUGCCUUAAAUGGAAAUGGCCUUGUUAUUGUUUUUUUUUUUUAUCUUUGAGUGUUGGAGAAAGUACAUGCAGUUUAAAAUUAAAAUAUAACAGCCCAGUCUCAGAAUUUGUGACAUGACGUGUUUUCUUGGUAUUCAAAGGUGUUUCUGAGGUUGUUGUGUUUUUUUCCUUAACAUAGCCGCCUAACAUUUCACAUCCUAUGUGAAAACGUUUUCCCUGUUGGGUUCCUUAAGGUAUGUUACUGGGUGUAUUUUGUUCGUGACAACAGCCUUGAAAAAUCAUUUUUCUUACAGACGGUUGGCUCUGUGUCUUGAUUGAUUAAGUCUUAUUAUGAAUGCCAUUGGAGGAAAUGAAAAAUGUAGCAAAUAAAUAGUUUUAUGUGCCAAUUUAUUGUGUGUAGAUGACAAUGCCAGUCAUUCUCAUUGUCACCAUCACAAUCUUCAUCAUCAUCAUCAUCAUCAUAGUUAGUCCUCGUAGUGCCUGCAACCUGACUUUUUAUUUUGUGCUAGUAAUGAAUACUGAACCAGAGCUGCUAUCAAGGGUUGGGGGCUGGGCUGGGGGUUUCCCUUGGCUUUUACGAGCAUGACCUCUGGCUACUUUCAUAGGAAACAAUAGGAAAAUAAGACCAAAAGAAAGUCCUAGCUGUUCAAUUCCCCACUUGCUUAUUGCAUAAUCCAGCAACUUGAAAUCUUAGCAACAGCCCCCCUGAACACUCUUCCUCAAAAGACUGUUUUACAGUGUGCAAGAAAGUUUUCUUAACACUAACCAUAAAAGCUAACACAUCUUGCUUUUAGUGCAGACAAGGUGCUAGGGUGGAGGACAGUGAGAUCUUUACCAAUAAGCAUAUUUUUAUUUUAGAAUAAUGCCCAGUUUAUUGAAAGUCAUAUCUUAUACCUGUAAUCGUUA